AUGCCAUCCUCGAAGCGAUCCAAGAAGGUGGCCCCUUACGGCUUCUGGGAGUCGCCCAUCUCGACCGACCUUCUCCUCCAGAAAGCAACGCCUCUAUCCGAGGUGGUCGUGCCGGCCAACUCCGAGACGGGUCAAGAUGUCGCCUGGAUCGAGCUUCGAAUGAGCGAGUCCGGUCGCUAUGCCCUCAUGCACUCGUCCGAUCUUACCUCCGGAGACGCCACCGAGAUCACUGCGGGCAAGUUCAGCUCUCGAUCCGGAAUCCACGAAUAUGGCGGUGGUGCGGCAGCGAGCCUCGCCGACGGAAGCUUUAUCUUUUCCGACUACAACCCGAAAGCAUUCGAUGUGCUCAGAGCAAGGAAGGACGAGGAGCCUCAGGUGGUGACGCCGGAGAACGCGGCUCUCCGAUAUGCCGACUUUGGGCCCCAUCCUACCGAUGCGAACCUGUGCCUUGCCAUCCAGGAAGAUCACGCCGAGGACAAGCCUUUGACCGUCGUCAACUCGAUCGUGCUGCUCGAUCUCGCCUCGGCGCCGGCGAAGAUCCAUACCCUGCUGCAAGGCAAGAAAGCGGACGACACGUCCGAUGCGAGUGGUCCGCACAAUAGAGACUUUUACACUUUCGCACGCUUCUCGCCCAACGGCAGGUACGUCUGCUGGGUCAGCUGGAACCACCCGAGCAUGCCCUGGUGGGACACGCAGGUGUGGGUGGCCAAGCUUGAUCGCUCUGACCCCGCGUCACCCAAGCUUGUCUCGCCAACCCAGAUAAAGGUGCCAUCUGCCGAGGCGGGAAAGCAGCAGGUGCUCCAGCAACCCGUGUGGGCCAUCCCUGCCAACCCCAGGGACGACGCAGCCAAGCUCUUCUUCGCCUGCGAUGCGACUGGCUUCCUCAACCUCUACUCCACCACUGUAUCUUCCGCUGGCGAUGAUCUCACUUUGACCGCGCCAGAGCCCGUCCUCCCUGAGCCAGUCAAACACGACUUCGUCGGUCCAGCAUGGACAUGCAACAACUCGGACUACAUCCCUCUCUCCCCGGACCUCCUCAUCGUCACCUACACCUCUGGAGCACGUGAGAACCUCGGUUUGAUCAAUCUCCGUCGUCCGCGUCUGAUCCCGCUCACCACUCCCUUCGUCGCUCUCUCCCAACUCCGCCGACUCACCUCGACGUCGUUUGCGCUCCUCGCCACGCGACCGGACGAACCCUCCGCGCUCAUCCGCAUCGACCUUCGUGGCCUCGCUGCCAACAACUACGUCCUCCAGUCGUCGAACAUUACGACCAUCAAACGCUCCUCUACGCUCAUCGCCGAUGGCGUUAUCGACAAGUCCUACCUUAGCGUCGCACGUGAGAUUGACUUUCCUACCACCUUGCCGGAUGGCACACCGGCCACGGGACACGCGAUUAUCUUUGAGCCCCAGAACGGCGACUACGUUGGUCCACGCGGCAAAGCCCCGCCGUGCGUGUUCAACAUCCACGGUGGACCGAGUGCCAGCGCGGGGAUGGGGUUCAAUUUGCAGACGCAGUUCUGGACGAGUCGCGGAUUUAUGGUUUGCAGCGUGAACUAUGGGGGUAGUACAGGGUACGGGAGGGAAUUUUUGGAGAGACUGACGGGCGAGUGGGGGGUGACGGAUGUGAUGGAUUGCGUGGCUGCUGCGAAGUACUUGGGGAGCAAGGCGAGUGUGGGACAUAGUUUUGGGGAGUUAAGCGAGGCAGAGCAGAGGAAGGUGAGGGAAGAGCUUGCUCGAUCGACGGAGGACGAUGCGGUGGUGGAGGAGGAAGACCUGCCAGGGGGAGGAGUCAAGGUGACGAUCCGCAACACCACGCCGGCCUGGUCGUGGUCGGACAUUCUCUUGGCUGGUGCGUCUGUCGGCGCAGCAUACUUUGGCAUCACCUUCGCCCACACCGUCAUGACCAACUACACGCACUGCAUCCCGCCUCUCGUCCGGCCCACCACGACCUUUGCUCGACACGCGGUCAAAGCGGGCAUCGCCGCGCUAAGCGUGCUGCCUUAUGUGAGGAGCAAGCUCGGGCGGGUGACGAGCGAGUCGGUCUCGCUGUUGCCAGGGAUGGGUGUUCAGCUGGCGACCACCCGUGGGCUGGUGCUGCACACAACGCUGUUCGAGCGCACCACCACGCGUUUGAUUCUCGAAGACAGGGUGGUGGAUAUCUACGUGGGAGAAGGAUAUCGGUUCUUUAGCGUGAUCGACUACCUUGCGCUAGCGACACGCACACAGACGGGUGCAUCGAUCGAGCGGGUCUUCCCUACGCUUCUUCCUCGUCUGGGCACCGUUCAACGGGUGUAUCGCACCCUAGCGCCUCACAUCCCCACCAACCACACCGAAAAGCGGGCUUCUGGGCAACGUAGAACCCUAGCCGAUCCAAACGGGCUCUUGAUUUCCGGCGGCAGCGCGGGAGGCUACACCGUUCUAGCGUGUCUCUGCUUCCACCCGACCAUCUUCCACGGCGGCGUAUCCCGCUAUGGCAUCUCUAGCCUCUCCCUCCUCGCAGCAGAGUCGCACAAGUUCGAAUCGCAAUACCCCUUCCAACUCAUCGGCGGUACACCCGAAUCCCAUCCGCAGCUGUAUCACGAUCGAUCCCCCCUCUACGCCGCCAGCCGCAUCAAGGCGCCCGUGCUGCUGUUGCAGGGGAGCGAGGAUAGGGUGGUCCCCCAGAGCCAGGCGGAUGAGUUCGUAAGGGAGCUCAAGAAGGGUGGUGGUAAAGAAGGCGUCGAUUGGAGGUACAAGGUGUACGAGGGGGAAGGUCAUGGAUUUAGGAAGGCUGAGAAUGUCAAGGAUUCACUCGAGGAGGAGCUGCGUUGGUGGCAGACACGGUGUUUGCGUCGCUAA